CGAAAACCGCCGGAGGUUCAUUUCAUCAAGAGAAUCGAUAAAAACCUCGAAAGAGAUGUCGGUGUUCUUCUUUCGCCUUCACAACUUGCGGCGACAGGCGGAUGAGGCGCGGAAAAAACGUGAACGUCGGGGGACAGCACAGGGUGGUCAACGUGGGACCAAUUGCGGGGACCAAUCACAACCUACCGCAGGAUCUAUGCAGUGUUGUACCAAAGUUCAUCGGGGUCCAAGCAAACUAUUUGAAAGAGCACCUUUACAGCCAAGCGAUUCCCUCGACGAAAUUGCCCUUCAAAUUCCUAGAGUGCGUGUUGAAUAUUACGUGAACGAGAAUACAUUCAAGGAACGGCUGCAACUCUAUUUCAUCAAAAAUCAACGUUCAAGUCUGAGGAUACGAGUGGCGAAUUUAUUCUUCAAGCUGUUAACAUGCUUCCUUUAUAUAUUCAGGGUUAUCACGGACAACGUUCCUACAUUUGCGUCAUGUUACGGUUGUACACCAGGAAACAAGUCGGAAAUCCUGGCAUCGCAGAUGCUCACGGAAGAGGAGUUUCAAGACCACUCCACCAUCAACUGGGACGCAAUUCUGUGGGUGAGACGACCUUUAGAGCUGUGGGUCGUUCAGGUUAUUCUAGCGAUGGUAUCUCUUGCCGAGGCAUUGCUACUCGCCUAUCUCGGAUACAAGGGAAACAUUUGGCAGCAACUGCUCUCAUUCCACUUCAUUCUGGAACUAGUGAACACUAUACCAUUCACAAUCACGAUACUUUAUCCACCGAUGCGAAAUCUGUUCAUUCCGGUAUUCCUGAACUGCUGGUUGGCAAAGCACUCACUGGAGAAUAUGUUCAACGAUCUUCACAGAGCAAUGCAGAAGUCACAAUCGGCCUUGAGUCAGCAGUUGAUGAUUCUCAGUGUUACUUUACUGUGCCUUGUCUUUACCAGUGUAUGCGGCAUUCAACAUUUCCAACGAGCCGGGCACCGGCAUUUAAACUUGUUUCAAAGUACAUAUUUCGUGGUGGUAACAUUUUCUACAGUAGGAUAUGGCGAUUUUGUUCCAGACAUUUGGCCCUCACAGCUCUACAUGGUCUGCAUGAUAUGCGUCGCGCUGAUAGUGCUACCAACACAGUUCGAACAACUAGCAUUUACAUGGAUGGAGCGCCAAAAACUCGGUGGUUCAUAUUCAUCGCAUCGUGCCCAGAGCGAGAAACAUGUCGUAGUAUGCAGUACAACACUCCAAGCGGACACUAUAAUGGACUUUCUAAACGAGUUUUAUGCCCAUCCCCUGCUACAAGAUUACUACGUUGUACUGCUGUCACCCAUGGAAUUGGAUACAACAAUGAGGAUGAUACUUCAAGUACCAAUUUGGGCACAGAGGGUUAUUUACAUACAGGGUUCGUGCUUGAAGGACGGUGACCUUGCUAGGGCUAGGAUGAACGAGGCUGAAGCCUGUUUUGUCCUGGCGGCGAGGAAUUAUGCUGACAAAACUGCCGCUGAUGAGCAUACAAUCCUCAGAUCAUGGGCUGUGAAGGAUUUUGCUCCAAAUGUACCUCAGUACGUACAGAUUUUCCGUCCUGAGAACAAGCUUCACGUUAAAUUUGCUGAGCACGUCGUAUGCGAGGAUGAGUUCAAAUAUGCACUUUUGGCUAACAAUUGCACUUGUCCUGGUGCAUCAACGCUAGUUACGUUACUUCUGCAUACAUCACGUGGACAAGAGGGACAACAGUCGCAGGAGGAGUGGCAUCGGCUUUAUGGCAAGUGCUCGGGAAAUGAGAUAUACCACAUAACUCUGGGUGAUUCGAGAUUUUUCGGAGAGUAUGAGGGAAAAUCGUUUACGUAUGCGUCGUUUCAUUCUCAUCGGAAAUAUGGAGUUGCUCUUGUGGCUGUCAGACCAGCGGAACUGCCGGAAUUUUAUGAGGAUACUAUUCUACUUAAUCCGGGUCCCCGUCACAUAAUGAAGAAAACAGACACAUGCUACUACAUGAGCAUAACGAAGGAGGAGAACUCAGCGUUUGUGGUGGCGAACAAUCAAGAUAAACUGUCAGAUCCCUCCCAAGUAGUAGUGGACAACAAGGGGGACACAUCAACAACCCAAGGGGGAACAACGUCGGGACCAGGCACAGGGGCCACUACCUUGACGACACCAACGACACUGUCAGCGACACUUGCAGCAGCUGGAUCAGGAGGGAACGGUACAAUUGGAAUAGGUGCUAGCCAGCAUCGAAGAUAUUCUAAUGGUUUUAAAUCGUCGUACGAUACGCCACGUGAGGCGGGUGAACCGGUGUCUCCGGGCAAACCACGUAUACAUGUACCACCGCCCGGAGCACCGCCGCCGCCUCAGGUUAUUUUGCAGGUCCUCCCUAGCACGCCCACACUCCAACACCACAACCUACUCGCAUCCGAUGUCCACCCAACUACGUACCUGGAUCCAGCCAAUUUAACGGAUUCGAGACAAUGUUUGAGGGACUCUGGAUCAAGCCCUCAAACACCAAUCACAGGGAAUCAUCUGGAUGUGCCACGCUCAAUGGAUACUAAUCCAAAUUUACUGAGUCCAGAGAUAUUGAUGCAAAGACGAGGUAGCAGAAGACCUAGUAUACUCCCCGUGCCGGAUAUGUUAACAAGUUCAACGUUACAUUUACCUGGUCAGGAGUCCCUAGACCAUGAGGCGGAUGAGUCCGAGGACGAGAUGGAUGACGACGUUCCCUGGAGAUCACCCAGUGAAAAAAUAGCCUUCAAGGGUAUUGUCAAAGGAUUUCCACCGGUGUCGCCGUUCAUUGGAGUAUCACCCACGCUGUGUUAUUUAUUGAAGGAGAAAAAACCAUUGUGCUGUCUACAAUUGGCUCAGGUUUGUGAGCAUUGCAGCUAUAGAAAUGCGAAAGAAUACAAUUGGCAGAACAAAACGAUCAUAUUAGCAGCGGAUUACGCGAGUAACGGAAUAUACAAUUUCAUCAUCCCCCUGCGAGCUCACUUUAGAUCGAAAACUUCCCUUAACCCGAUCAUUCUUCUGCUGGAGAGAAGACCGGAAAUUGCCUUUCUAGACGCCAUCUCUUAUUUUCCACUGGUAUAUUGGAUGCUUGGAUCGAUUGACUGUCUCGACGACCUGCUUCGUGCUGGUAUCACACUUGCCGAAAAUGUCGUUGUUGUCAACAAGGAGUUGAGCAAUUCCGCUGAAGAAGAUACACUGGCUGAUUGCAAUACCAUCGUCGCUGUUCAGACAAUGUUCAAAUUCUUCCCCAGCAUAAAGAGCAUAACUGAGCUGUCGCAGUCGAGCAAUAUGAGAUUCAUGCAAUUCCGGGCGCACGACAAGUACGCCCUACACCUCAGCAAAAUGGAAAAGAGGGAGAAGGAGAGAGGCUCCCACAUAUCGUAUAUGUUCCGGCUGCCAUUCGCCGCUGGUAGUGUCUUCAGUGCAUCAAUGCUGGACACACUUUUGUAUCAAGCCUUUGUCAAGGACUAUGUGAUAACAUUCGUCAGACUCCUGCUAGGUAUUGACCAAGCACCGGGCUCUGGAUUCCUGACCUCGAUGCAAAUAACGAAGGAAGACAUGUGGAUACGAACCUACGGCAGACUCUAUCAAAAACUCUGCUCGACAACGUACGAAAUACCAAUUGGUAUCUACAGAACGCAGGACACGAGUGUGACGGAUACUUCGAACGACUCGGAUGCUGAGAGCGAUACUGGAGUUGGUGUCACGUACAAGAUGCGCCGUACAGCGGCUGCUGCGUGCCUCUCGAAUUGCUCUACCCGUGAAAAGGGUGCAUCGGCAUACUCAGUCUCGAUAGCCGACGAGGCCCGCGACAACCACACCCAGCAGAUAGAGCGCGCCGAGAUCGCCAACCUCGUCCGCUCCCGAAUGGAGUCCCUCAACCUCCCAGUGGCCGACUACGACGACGUCUCCGAGAAGCGCAACAGUCUCUCCUACGUGAUAAUCAACCCGAGCUGUGAUCUGAAGCUGGAGGAGGGUGACAUCGUGUACCUGGUCCGACCAAGUCCUUUCUCAGCGCAGAAGACCUUCGAGCGUCAUAACUCCCGGCGGAAAUCGAACAUCAGUUUCUGCUCGGCUCAGCUGGUCGCCCAGAUGUCAGCAGCUGUUGCUUCCUCAGGAAUAGGCGGCGGUGGGGGUAGUAGAAGGGGCUCGGGAAUUGGUUUGGCUAGGGCACCACCACUCGGUGGCACCAAGUCUAAUUCACUCUCUUUACCGGACAGUCCCACCGUUGCCGGAAGCCUGCGCGGCCGUUCGAAUUCGUUGCGCGUGGUAGACGAUAUCCUGCUCAGACGAAGCAAUUCACUACGACAGGGUUUCACCACGCGACGAAAGAGCAGCCUGGAGGACAUCGGCCUCGGUGCGUUGUCCCAUCCAACAAAUCAUAAUCCUAUUAAAAUAGCACUUAAUGGCUCAAUUGGCCUAGAGGUAACACCACCUGAAGAGGGUAUACCUGGGGGCAAUGCCAGCAAUACUGGUAUACUCGAUGUUGGUUUACCAUCUAUGCCAGCACUUGGUACUGGCUUAGGCGCUCCACUUGGUCCACCUCUGGGUGCGGGUCUUGGCGGUUCACUUGGGGGUCUCUAUGAUCCACCAAUUGUCCAGAGUAAAGGACAGGUUAAUACCCAACAGCCACAGGGAAAUCAGGAUCCUCAGCAUAUACAGGGGACAAUCGUAUGAUACAACCUUAUGUGGGGACGCAGACUCUCCAGUGUAGUCAGAAAUAAGUGGAUAUAGCGUUCCCACAUAGAUGGCCAUUUUAGGUAUUAGACGAGAGCUCUGCGACAGGAGGAGAGAAUCUCUUGAAAGGGCAAGGGCUAUCGGUCUUUCAUUAUUGCGGACAGCAGAAGUCGUUACUGAAAUUAUUGCUGUUUUUGUACAGUGAAGUUAUAUUCAAUAGCGAUGUGGUAAAACGGUAGAAGUUGAGACUGUUUGACUGUUGGCUAAUUUUCAAUGAAUAUCUGGGAAU